AUGACAGAUGUUCACUACAACGAACAAGCUCUUCUUGAACAACUGAUAAUCUGCACGGAGUACGUCGACAAGGCGGAGAGAUACGAACUCCUCGGUCCAUUGUACAGACUAACAAUACCUAUUUACGAACGACGCAAGGACUAUCAAGCACUUCUGGGUUGUUAUCAGCAUCUUACCAAAGCAUAUGCCAAAAUUAUAGAAGUGACAAAUUCAGGGAAACGUUUACUUGGUAGAUUUUAUCGGGUGGCCUUCUUUGGAAAAGCGCAUUUUGGCGAAGAUGAAGAGGGAAUCGAGUUCAUUUACAAGGAACCCAAACUCACUUCACUUAGUGAAAUCUCAGAAAAACUACAAAACUUCUACGAACAGAAAUUUGGUGCUGGAAAUGUUAAAAUGAUUAUGGAUUCAGCACCGGUAAAUAGAGAAGAGCUUGACAGCAAACUCGCAUACAUCCAAGUAACAUGGGUACGCGCUGCUCCGGAAGGUGUCUCGCCUGCAUCAAGUAGUGGCGAAGGCUCGUUUGACCGCGCACACAAUAUUCGCCGUUUUGUGUUCGAAACACCUUUCACACGAGACGGUGCUGCCCGUGGACCUGUACAUCAUCAGAGACUGAGACUUACACACCUUACUGUUGAAUACUGGUUCCCGUAUGUAACGCGUCGAGUGCCGGUCAUUGACACGCAAAUUGAAGAGAAAAGUCCCAUUGAAGUCGCUUUGUCAGAAAUGGAAAGUCAAGUGGUGGAACUAGCUGAGAUUGUCAACGCCAAAGCGCCUGACAUCAAGAAAUUACAACUCAGAUUACAAGGCAGCGUAUGUGUUCAAGUAAACGCGGGACCGCUGGCGUAUGCCAACGCCUUCUUGGACCCAACGCUCGCACCCAUGUAUCCAGACGACAUGGUUGAUAAACUGAAACACAUAUUCAAAGAGUUCCUAACAGUAUGCCAUACAGCACUGCAACUGAACGCCAAGUUGAUCAGCUCAGAUCAAGUGUCCUACCACGAGGCUUUGGAAACAAACUACUACAAGCUAAGCCAUUCACUAUCCGGUAUGCUCGGCCAACCGCUGCAUGACAUUCUGGUGAACGGGACUCUUAGCACCACCGUCACUGGCGUCGAACUUGAGUCUAGCAACGCAUAG